AUGACGUACCGGCCAGGCACCGCGCCGAUCCAGCCGGCCUAUGUGCUCGAGGCGUGGCCUGCCAAGAGCGGGUCGCUCCUCGGCGAGGACAAGAAGGGCGAGGGAGAAGAAAGCGCAGAAAACGCACGCGCCAGCGACGCUCCGCAGGCCGCCGAAGCGUCGCACGACAGCCAUGUGGAGUCGAAUGCAAGCUCUGAGCGGGGGCAGGAUCCGCCGCGCAAGCGCGCGCGGGGGCAGAACAAGGGGCGCGUGUUUACCAAGACGGACGAUCUGAUUGGAAUCUGCAGCCAGGUUUCGCGCGGCCUGCCGUGCAAGUUUGGCGACGACUGCCGCUUUGGGCACGAUCUGUGCCUCUAUCUUACGCACAAACCCCGCGACCUCCCCCAUCUGGUGCCGGCCGAGGGCGAGGCACGCGCGCAGUGGCUCGAGCGGGUGUACGAGCUUGCAGCGCAGUCGGAAAAACCCGAGGCGCCCAAGCCGGACGGCGACGCGGUCCAGAGCUGCGUCGACUUUUCCACGCAGUGCCCCUACUAUGCCGAGCGGGGCGCGUGCCCGGCCGGGUGGAAGUGCCGCUUCCUCGGCGCGCACGUAAAGCGCGUCAGCCCCUCGCGCGCGGUCGUGCCAGAGGCGGGCGGCGAGCGCGGCACGGGCCUCGAGCUGGUCACAGACGCCGCGCGCGUCGCGCAGUGGGAGGCGCGGCCGAGGGCUGUUACCAACACGGCGCACCCCGCCAACGACGAGGUGAACUGGCUCUCGCCAGAGAGCGCCAAGCUGCUGCGUUCCGGCAAGUACAAAUACGAAAAAGCGCCCGCGAUCCUUGCGCGUCUCAAGCAAGAGACCAACGAGCUUGGGGCGCUGCCGCCGUACGACGCCGCGUCGUCCAAGAUUGGGCACGGUCCGCUGGUCAUUGACUAUGCGUAUGAAGCGGCGCUCGCAAAAGUGCAGGCGCAAGCCCCCCGCGGCGCUGCGGCGACCGAAGAGGCGCUCGAAGAGCAUGCGAAUGCGCUGCGCAACGUGCGCCCGAGUGAUGCGGCGGCCGACACGGCGCGUGUGCGCCCCGCCGAGAAGCGGCGCUUGCAGUGGCGUGGCGAGCUGUACCUUGCGCCGCUCACGACGACCGGCAACCUGCCGUUUCGCCGCGUGUGCUCGGCGUUUGGCUCAGACAUUCACUGCGGCGAGAUGGGCCUCGCCGAGUCCUUUUCGUCCGGGCACGCCUCGGAGUGGAGCCUCACUCGCCGCUGGGACGGCGAGCGGAUCUUUGGCACGCAGGUCUGUGGCUCGAAGCCCGAGUUCCUCGUGCCUGCCGCCGAGGCGCUCGCGCGCGAGGUCGGGAGCGGCCUCGACUUUGUCGAUGUGAACUGCGGGUGCCCCAUCGACCUCGUGUUCAACAAAGGUGCCGGCUCUGCGCUCCUCGACCAUGCAAACAAGCUCGGGCGGAUCGUGCGCGGGAUGUCGGCGGCACUCGGCGAGAUCCCCUUGACGAUCAAGCUGCGCACCGGCACGUCUGCCAAGCAAACCACGCACAAGAUCUUUGCGCGCGCGCAGACCGAGUGGGGCGCCGGCGCCGUGACGCUGCACGGCCGCUCGCGCAAGCAGCGGUACAAGAACGACGCGGACUGGGACUAUAUUGGGACGUGCGCCUCGGCGCUGCGCGACUCGGUCGUGCACUGGAACGAGGACCAACGCACGGCCGACGAGCCGGAAAUGGUCCCGGUCCCGAUCUAUGGCAACGGCGACGUGUACGGCCACCACGACUACUACGAGCACAUCGACAAGACCGGCGUGGAUGGCGAGAUGAUUGCACGCGGCGCGCUGAUCAAGCCGUGGAUCUUUACCGAGAUCAAGGAGCGCCGCGACUGGGACAUUUCCGCGCGCGAGCGCCUCGACAUUGUGCGCCAGUUUGCCGACUAUGGCCUCACGCACUGGGGCGCCGACACGCAAGGCGUAAACACGACGCGCCGCUUCCUGUGCGAGAUGCUCUCGUUCACGCACCGCUACGUCCCGAUCGGCAUCCUCGAGCAUGUGCCGGUCCGCAUGAACGACCGCCCGCCGCCUUUUGGCGGGCGCGACGCGCUCGAGACGCUGCUCAGCAGCCCCAGCGCCAGCGACUGGGUGCGCAUCUCGGAGAUGUUCCUCGGCAAAGCGCCGGACAAUUGGAGCUUCCUACCGAAACACAAGUCCAACUCCUUCGCAGAGACCGACUCCCUCCAAGGCUAA